AGGUAUCCACGUCCACUUAUCGGUCAAUCCAAAUUCCCGAUUCACAUACCGUGCGCUUUAGGAUAAUGUAAUCAUUAAAAUGCUAAUUUAUCCACCCUUCUAGUCAGUGCGUAUUGAUCUCAAUUGGACCAACAAGUGACCCACCAGGUGACCUUCGGAGUUUGGUUGGCCUUCUGGCCCUCAAAGAUCAUUCGUUUACAAAACUGAACCGCAAACCCGCAGAACGGUGCCCCGCGCAGGGACACCUACAAACAGCUUUCGGUGACGUGUACUAGGUGGGCUUGGCGGCAAAGAAACCACGCUUCGUGGUCCGAAUCAACACGUUGCCCGCCGGUGCUAUCGAUUUUCUCUGCCCUGGCUGAACGAUGAGCAAUCGACGGAAGAAAGCGAAUAGCGAUCAGCGAUCGGUGUCCGAUCAAGAAACGCUGCUUGCGGUGCCAGACGAUGAGGAGCGACACGAGAAAAGCGACUUGAGGGGGGACUGGGGCAACAUAGCGAUCCUGUUCUUCCUCUACCUACUGCAAGGCAUUCCAAUAGGGCUGGCAUCAGCCAUACCGAUGUUGCUGCAAAAUCGUGGUGCUAGCUAUAAGCAGCAGGCCGAGUUUAGUUUCGCUCAUUGGCCCUUCAGCUUGAAGUUACUAUGGGCCCCGAUCGUGGAUUCGCUGUUCUGGAAGCGCUUUGGGCGCAGGAAAUCAUGGCUCAUUCCAACCCAGUAUCUAAUCGGCAUCUUCAUGCUAAUUCUAUCGCUCCACGUGGAUCGGUGGUUAGGGGCGGAAACGAACGGCAGCAGUGGCGACCCCGAUCACACCCUACAUAUACCGCUGCUGACCGGUAUCUUCUUCAUGCUUAACUUUCUGGCCGCCACACAGGACAUUGCGGUCGAUGGCUGGGCGCUGACCAUGCUGAAACGCUGUAACGUGGGUCAUGCAUCCACCUGCAAUAGUGUAGGCCAGACGGCUGGCUACUUUCUCGGUUAUGUCGCUUUCAUGGCACUGGAAUCGGCAGAAUUCUGCAACAGCUAUUUACGCUCCGUUCCAGCCGAUGAAGGGUUGGUCAAUUUGUCGGGCUAUCUGUGGUUCUGGGGAUUCGUUUUCCUCGCCACGACAACGUUGGUGGCACUGUUCAAACGGGAAGCAGCACCUAGCAUUGAACGUGGCCACGAGGAACAUCUAGAAUUGGAUAUUAAGCAAACCUACCGACUGUUGGUGGAUAUUAUUCGCAUGAAACCGAUUCUGCUGCUAGUGGCCAUCCUGCUGACGGCGAAGGCUGGCUUCGCUGCCUGCGAUGCAGUUACCUCGUUGAAGCUUAUCGAUGCCGGUGUGCCGAAAGAUAAACUAGCCCUGCUUGUCGUCCCACUCGUACCGUUGCAGAUCAUUCUGCCGCUUGCGAUCAGCAAGUACACGGCCGGUGCUCGCCCGAUGGAGGUGUACCUGAAGGCCAUCCCCUAUCGGAUAGUGUUGACGAUCGUAGCCGCUGGUAUUGUGUGGAUUACGCCAGCAAUCGUGCGAGAUCACCACGUGCCGUACUACUACUACCUGCUGCUGCUGACCAACUAUGGUCUCUACCAGAUCGCCCUGUACAGCAUGUUCGUCGCGGUUAUGGCUUUCUUUGCGCGCAUCAGUGACCCGGCGGUUGGCGGCACUUAUAUGACUCUGCUGAAUACCCUCAGCAAUCUCGGUGGUAAUUGGCCAACUACGGUGGUGUUGUGGUUAGUAGAUUAUCUCACGUGGAGACGCUGUUCAAUCGAUGGGAGCAACGACUGCGCCGAUAGCGCACAGAAGACUGUGUGUACGGAAGCGGGUGGCAAUUGUGGCAUCAUUGUUGAUGGGUAUUACAUUGAAAUAUUCGUCUGCCUUCUGUACGGAUUGGUAUGGUACCGAUGGGGAUGUCGCAAAAUUCGGUACCUUCAAGAGCUGCCGCUUAAAGCGUGGCGCGUAGCGCGCAGAGCACCACGGGUGCACAGCAGCUAGCAAUUAUUGCAACUGAUUUGACAAUUCCAUUAACCGCACCGGUUGGACAUGUAAUGUUAAGGUCUGUGAGACAACGAUUAGCGAACUGAGGCUGCUAACAACGAUACCGACCCGGUACCGACGAGGAACAGGAACUCGAUCUUAGCGGCGAAUUGUAGUGAUGAAUUUAUAUUUUUAAAUACAGGUAAUUCGGAUAGCAUCGCGGAACGCGCGGAAACUCUUUCGGUUUAUUCGGUUCAUUCGGGCGAGAGAUAGCCCACUUAUCAUUCCUUCCUGCGCUGGUCAUCGAUGUAGAACAAAAGCCGUUCCUCGUACUUCUAAAAACACAAAGCACAAAUAUUUCCUCUCGUGAUUGCGAGUUAUUUUUAACCGAUGUAAUAGAAGCUCGAGGUAGUAUGUAGAUGCAUGUCAUCUGAAGUUCUAUUAAAUUUAUUUUAUUGAAAAUAGCUUAUUCGAACACAACAAACCCCUCCGCACGAUAGUCAGCCACCGCUCAGCAUCAUCUUCGUAAACAAGAGAAAAGCAUGAUAUCUACUAAUAAAAAUAAACAGUUUACGAAUGAAAAAAAUAGUUUUUCGUU